GUGUGAUUUUAUUUUCUUUCAAUAGAGAGGUGUGUGAUUUGAUCUGAGGUGUUAGCUGAGUUUGUUGUUGGAAGGAAAGGAAAGAUGUCGUCACUGGGAACUUCGAAGGGGAUUCUAGAGAUCGCCAAGUUUGGGGUUUACGUUACUGUACCCAUCGUUCUUAUGUACGUUUAUGCUAGCAACACCGACAACACCCUCCACAAGUUCAUCGGAAAAAAGUCUUACAUUGAAUAUCCCAAAGAUACACAAAAGCCACCACCACCAGAGGAACUUCGAGAGAUGGCGAGGGAGAUAGCUCGCAAAAGGAACAACCCCUAAUGCUCUAUGUGGGUUGGUUGUGCUUUAGUGGUUAUGUACCAGUAUCUGUAACACUUUAAACGUGCCACUGUUAUGUAUAAUGUUUAAUGACUUCCAAAACUAUUUUAAAUAAAAGGUUUUUCUUUCCUUA